AUGGGCAUGCGCGUCAUUACCCUCACACCAGCCACGAGCCAGGAGCAGCAGCGCGCCCUCGAAGAGGUCAAAGACUUCGCGCUCACCGACAUGGACCGCGGCGGCCAAGAGCGCUGGACGUACCGCAUGCUCCAGGAGCCUGCCCUCACCGAACACCUCGAGAGGAUUGCCGAGCCGCGCACCUUCCCCUCCACCUCGAACCCACGUCCCAGCUCUUCUGCCCUCGCCGUCGACGCUGUCUCCUUCCAGCCCUGUCGCUCGUGGCACCAUCGCUCCCAGGACCGCUAUGUCGUCGAGGAGUGGCCGCUCCCCGGCGGGAGCUGGACGUACACCGCCGUGUUCGACGGUCACAUGAAUCACGACGCAGUCGACCACGUUUCCGCCGUGGUCGGCCCCCUGCUCAGACGUGAGCUCGAUGCCGCUCUGCGCGCCGCCCCAUCGCCGUCCUGCCCACCCAACGCCGUCGCAGACCUCCUGCGCCGGACGCUCGAGCGCGUUGACGCCGACCUCAUUUCCGCCUUCACGUCCCUGUUCCCCGCCGACCCUACACACGCAGAUCCAAGUCAUGCACACGCUCUCCUCAAUGACAAGGGCAAAGGCCCUGGGGAUGGAGCGGCGGGACACUGGAGGGCUGCCCGCGCGUUCGGAGGCUCGACAGCGCUCGUUGCGCUCGUUGACCCCACACAGGCGAACCUGUGGGUGGCCAACAUAGGAGACUGUGUCGCGGUUUUAGCCGAGAAGGACGGACGAGAAGGGUGGCGAGGCACGGUGCUCAAUGUCAUCCACAACGGUGGUAACCCACAGGAACUGGCACGCAUCCGCUCCGAACAUCCAGACGAGCCUGAGUGCACAUGGAACGACCGGGUACUGGGCUUCCUUGCCCCAACGCGUGCGCUCGGCGACGCAUGGCUCAAGCUCCCCGCGCCGUACGCCGCGCUCGUCUUCGGCCAUCUCGACGCCGACUGGCUCGCCGCAGAGGCCAUGGCGCAGCACGUCCCGCGCAUCCGCUCCCCUCCGUACCUCUCCGCCGCCCCGGACGUGUACCACCGCGCGCUCGAUCACGGGGCGCGGGUAGAGCGCGUGCUCGUCCUCGCGAGCGACGGGCUCUCGGACCUGUACGACGGGUGCGCGUUCGGGGAGAUGGCGCGCGAGUGGGCGGGCGCGGUCGGGGGCGCGGCGGACGCCGGCCCGAGUCCGGGAGGGAGACGGGCCAACCUCGCGCUCGCGCUCCUCCGGGAGGCGAUCGGCGGCGCGGACGCGCAGCUCGUGUCGCGGACGUUGACGGUGGAGAUGGAGGAGCGGUGGAUGGACGACACGACGAUCGUCGCGCUCCGGCUCUCGUAG